AUGUCUCAUAGCUUUGAAUACACUUAUCUUAAGUAUACUAUUCUAUUUUCAGGGAACAUUGAUUACUCAUGUCCGGCCAAUGGAGACUGUGAAAUAACAAAGCGCAGAAGGAAGGCAUGUCAAGCUUGCAGAUUUCAGAAAUGCCUCUUCGUUGGCAUGCUCAGAGAAGGUGUUCGACUGGACAGAGUACGAGGGGGUCGACAGAAGUACAAGCGGUCCUCAGAUUCUUAUCCAUAUGUGCAGCAAAUAUUUCCCAUUGUCAAGAAACAAUGUCUCGAUACCUCUAUCAACAAUCAUUCAUAUAGUGUCUCGGAUAACAAGACUCUGCAGCAGCUGAUCAGCAUCGAGCACCAGCUGGAUAAACUGUACGCGCAUGCUGACCCCACCGUGAAGGACGAUGAGUGCAAGUUCCUCUCAGUGCUCUCAGACCUGGCCGACCGGGAACUGGUGAUCACCAUCAGCUGGGCUAAACAGGUCCCAGGGUUUGCUGGUCUGAGCCUGUCUGAUCAAAUGAAUCUUCUCCAGCACUCAUGGCUUGAAAUCAACCUCCUUAACCUGGUCUACCGGUCUUCCCCGUACCACGGAGUGCUCAGGAUUGCAGAAGACUACAAACUUACAGCCGAGCAGGCGGAAAAAUUUGGCUGCUCGAAAGAGCUUGACACAUUGACCAGAAAAAUGUGCAAGAAAUUCACAAGCCUCAACAUUACGAGAGAAGAGUACCUCCUCUUGAAGAGCAUCAUACUCUUCAACAUUGAUGUGGUAACAGAGCGCAGUGAUGCUGGCAAGUCUAUCCAGGAGAAGCUUCAUGAGUCCCUGACAGAGUACGUGAAGUCCCGCAGCAAUGGGGGGUUGAAACGCGUCGGCCAGCUCUACCUGUUGCUGCCCGCGAUGACCCACUUAAAGCUGCUGGCCAAGCAGUACUGGUUCGACGUGAAAAAGAGCGGCAAGAUCAUGAUGCACAAACUGUUUCUUGAAAUGUUGGAGGCCGACAGCUGAUAAUGGCUUCACAUUUAGCAGGAAUAUUUCAUUCAUUAGGAGCUAAUCAAGGCAACAAGGAGUACUGCUGUGAAACAAUGGUGUCCACCUGUUUGUCUCAAUGGCAUUACUGGUGCUGCCAGGUUGCUGGACAGUAGAGUUAAGGGCUACUGAAUGGUUUUCUAUAUAUUUAUGAAUACAUAAUCUUAAGAAAUUAUAAAUUUAUUUCUCUUUACAGUGGGAAUAAGGUUCUGACGAUCAUAACAGAAACCUUUUAAAUAUUACUGCCGUUUAUAUACAACUGUCAAUAUUGCAGAAUGGGGGGUAUCAAUAUUUGUAAAGCAAUAGACUACAAUUAUAAAAUAGCUUUGACCCAAAGGUUUAUAAAUAGGAACAAGUGAUUUUUCAUGACAGUAACUGUUCUUCAGCGCCAAAGAUUUUAGCCUCGCGAUAUAGACAAAGAAAGAACCAGGAGCGGUUGGGCCCCGUUUCGUCACAGGAGUUGCUCAAUAUUCAUCACUAAGUCAUCACAGACGCUGGGGCUUGUAUACCGUCUUCGCAGGACAGGCAAGCCCCGUUUUCAUGGAGAUCACGCAUUUCUUCCAAGGAUCUCAGCACAUCACAUCACCUCAUGUCGCCGCGGCGCUCAGAUCAGAUCAUGGCGGACACUUAUGAACAAGUGCGUGUGACUGGACUAGAGGGUCCGGGUGAGAUAUCGUCAUCAUAGCUACUGUUUUGUAUAAAAUAGGUUUGAUAGCGUGUAUCCAUUGAACAGCUAGCCUCGUGGACAUGCGUUUCUAUAUUUAUCAUCCAUUUGUAUUACAUAUGUAGUAAGGAAAUGUAGUUAAUACGAUUAGAAUAGUGUGAUAUUCUCAUAUAUAGUCUUUGUGACCUGUUGAUUAGCCUAGUGUGAUAUUUGACAUUGUCAUUACACAGCCAUAUCAUGUGUUCUCGUCCAUUUCUCAGUCGUCUUUUGUGUGUUUAUAGCUUUGUGUACACCUUCGAAAUUUGUAUCAAUGGUCACUGCAUUUAUGAUUUGUUAUUUUCCUAGAAUAAUUGUGAUUAUUUUUAAUAAUUUCAAUUUCCUUGAAGCAAAAACAAAUGAAGAAAAACUUAAAAAGAUGUGAUAUAUGCAUAUGGUAGUAAUUGAAUUGUAACGAAGUUAAUCCUAGACCAAAUGUUAGCAAACAAUUCUGGUGUGUGUUGUUAAAUAAAUACAAGUGUGCUCAGCUUUUGAUUCCAAUAUAUCCGUAUCGAAUUAUCAAAACAAUUGUGCUCUUCAUACAAGUAUUUGACAUGUAUCGGCAGUUAACCCUGGCGCCUGCUCUCAGGGUGUCUUUUAUGAAGGGGAUGUUCAUGAAUACUUCUAUUCCUCUACUGUAGUCUGUAUACAAUUGUAUGGGAAACUGAUUACCUUUAUGAACGUGUUAUAUGUAUUGUUAUGCCUUGUCCACACAAAAAAAUUACCUGAAAUUGUAAAUGUCUCAUUAAUGCAUGAAUGUAUAUAUUUAGGGUUUAUUGGCAAGUGGGAGACGAACGCAUGCUGGUAUCAAAAUUAAAACCUGUACAUAAUAUAUAUAUGUACCGUACUUACGAGUGGAACAAAGUGUUAAUUUAAUGUUAAUAAAAAAAAAAAAAAAAAAAUAAUGACAUUUU